UUAGUGAGUGAGUGAAGAAGCGGUCGUGCCAUGCAUGAUGGCAGUGCUAGUUACUCAUGUAAAUGGACACAUACAAAACCAGUUGACUAGAUCGCUCGAACGUAUAUUGGAGGAGGCGAACCAGAGUGGCGAGCUGAAGCUCAGCAACCGCAAGCUGAAGGAUUUCCCGAAGGCGAACGAAAAGUACAACCUUAGCGAUACUGUCAUUGCAGAUUUAUCGAAGAACAGAUUCAGCGAGCUUCCCGAGGAGGUGACCGGUUUCCAUUUUUUAGAGAAACUACACUGUUAUCACAAUGCUAUUCGGUAUAUACCGGACACGGUCAGCAGUUUGCAGUGUCUCAGUUUUCUGGAUCUCAGCAGGAAUCAACUGACCACUUUACCUAGGGAAAUAUGUCAGUUGCCUAUACAGAUUCUUCUCGUGUCGAACAACAAGCUGUCCAGCCUGCCGGACGAGCUCAGCCGCAUGUCGCAGCUGACGGAGCUGGACGCGUCCUGCAACCAGCUCACGCACCUGCCGCCCCGACUGGGCGAGCUGAGGUCGCUGCAGUCGCUGGUGCUGCGCAAUAACCUGCUGCUCGCCGUGCCCGUCGACGUCACCAACUUGAAGCUCGUGAGGCUGGAUCUCAGGGCCAAUAGGAUCGGCACGUUGCCGUUGGAGAUCAAAAGGAUGACCAUGCUGAUCGAUCUGCUCGUCGACGAUAAUCCGCUCACUAGUCCUCCGGCCAGUUUGUGCAAAAGAGGCAGAGUCCACAUCUUCAAGUAUCUGGAGAAUGAGGCCAUAAAACUGGACAGGAGGAACGGCGUGACCAGUUCGGGCACGCUGAACAGGAAGUCGAGGAGGAGCGCCGGCGGUUCGUCACCCGGACCACCUCACCUGGCCGACAGACUGAAGCACAAGCGACAGAACGUGGACAGUGGUUACAGUACAAGCAGCGAUUGUUACGACAAGCGAUGGUCUCAGGAAAUCGGCAGUGAGGCGGAGAAGCAAUGGCCGCCGACUCCCGUUUCGGUCAGGUCUGUGGCGGAACAGAACGGGACGCAGUCCGCGACAUCCACGCCGUCGACGAUCUCACCUGCACCAGAAACGAACGAUGAAGACUAUUCCAAGCCUGGUUAUUGUGAUUAUGAAAAGAGAGAUGAGCAAAGGAACAUUAGAGAUUAUAGUGUACGUCUUAGUCCUUGUACAGAUAGUUUGACAAACGGUAACGGAGUAGAGGAGAAAACGAAACCGCUAAAUCAAAUACAAACGUACAGGGAGUACAAAGAAGCCUUAAAGCAACAGAGAGCGCACGACGUGCCUUCAAUAUACCGAACAAAAGAUAACGACGACCAAAGCUACAACAAAACAGAACCAAACACCCCGACACACCACGGUGUGACCGCUCAAACCCUAUCCACCUCGAAGUCCGAUCCGACGCCGCUUAAUUCGGCGUUCGGCAGUCCGAAGCAUGUGUUCGACGACACGGCGUCGAAGAAACCGGUACAGAAAGUGACACCGUCGCGCAACACCUCAUUCUCACCCGCCCAUCACCACAUCACGAACGGGAACGGUACCGUGGACGGGAAGGCGUCGCCGGCCAGUCGCCCGCCGCAGGACUACGUCAAGCCCAAAUCGCCGAUGAAGUCGGCCACGUCCGCGAUCAUGUCGCACGAUAACGUUCCCGCCGUCUGCAAUGUUAACAAUGCGAAUUUGUCGAACGGGAAAAGCGGCCCGAGGAGCCCCGGUGGUGGUUACACGAACGGCACAUCUAAAGGUGUCAACGGCAUGAAAGGCGGCAGGACUAUAACUUGGAACCACGACGUGUCCAACGAUAAAAUGACGUUCACGAUGAGGAGGGAGAUCGACAAGGCUAGAGAGGAGACUGACCUAAUCAACCAACUGAGGACUAUUAUUGAGACUAGGUUGAAGAUGGCUUUGCCUGAAGAUCUGGCACCCUCUUUGACGGAUGGUGUGGUGUUGUGCCACCUCGCCAACCACAUUAAACCUAGGUCAGUCGCCAGUAUACACGUGCCAUCGCCUGCUGUUCCUAAAUUGACGAUGGCGAGGUGCAGGAGGAAUGUGGACAAUUUCAUCGAAGCCUGUCGGAAAAUUGGCGUAGAUGAGGGCCGGCUGUGCAGCGCGAUCGACGUGACCGAGGCACUGGAGGGCCGCGGCCUGCCACGACUCGUCCGCACCGUGGAAACGCUCCUCGAGAUCGGAGACGCGGCGGCCCCCGGGGACUUAAGCACGGAGCGAAUACCGACCGCGCAAGACACCACAGUCUCGCUACUGUUGCUUGCCAUGUUCUUCGCCACUGUGGCGUUGCUUAUCGCGUUCCCGCCCCCGAAUUAAGUCCGACGGGGUUGGGGCUUGAUUUUCGCACUGCUGACUUUGUUUUUGUAUAUCGGGCAGUUAUUUCUGGUUGUAUUUUAAUGUUGGGAGCAGCAGUUUAUUUACGAUUAAGCAUUUCAAUCAAUAGUAUUAAACACAUUAAUUAACAUGAACAUAAAUUGGUGCCAUAAACUGCCUUCAAUUGUCUGAAAGCUCUUUGUUUCAAUGAUUUGCCCAAAGGGUUUGAAUUGUGAUUGUUUACUUAAAUUAUCAGUGCCUAAUUAGUAUGUAUCAAAUUAUGUUGCACGUUUGCGUUGAUCGUAACGAAGCUUAUUUACAAUUGGACAUUCCAAAAAUUGUGGUUUUUAGCAGCAGUUGGAUGUGGAUUGUUUUGAGCACAUCAUGUGAUUGCAGGACGUAAUUACGUCCCUUACUUAAUUGGUUGUUAAAAAUCGUGUGUUCAGGACGUCUGCAACAACUGGCUUUAAAAUUUUACUUUAGAUUUUUAAAUAUAUACUUAGUAUUUUUGAUAUUUCAAUACUAUUGUAUUGGCCAACUUUAUUGAUAAAGGUGCAACUUAAACAUGCCAUAAAGGAAUUCCACUAAAUUUUAAUUUACAAUAAAAGUGAUAACUAGGUUUAGGACAACAUCUAUAAACUAUACAAAUAAUAUUCCUACCGUGUACUUAUCAUAAAAUAAUAAUAUCUAAUAUUUUUAUAUUAAAACGCGACUAACAAUGGAUGAAGGAAAGUUAUUCAUAGUCUACUAUUUAUAUUAAACCCACUAGUUGAAAACAAGCCACUUAAUUAAUAUAUCUUUUAAAAUGUUCUCAUAUAAACAACGUAUUGAAACUGAAUACCAAAGGUAUAAACUAUAUGUAUUAUUUUGCUUUAAAUGCUUUUGGCAGCUUUCGUGCUAUUUUUGUUGUGUAGGUUUAGUCUAACUCUAGUCAAUAUUAUAAUUCCAGUAUUAAGUAAAAUCAAAGACUGUAUUACUAAUUCCACAAAACACCGAACAGGAAAACUUACAAAAAAAGUUUGUUAUCGCCACUUGUUAUUUUUGAAUAUAGUUUUUAUUGUUUAGUUGUAAGUUUCUAAGGCGUAACUUUUGUACAUGUACCUUUUUCUAGAGUUAUCUUUAUUUAUUAUGGAUACGUGAAGAUUAUAUACGAUUUGUAAUAUUUAUUCCGCUUAUACAAUAAAGUAAACAUUCUUAAA